UGAGGAAUUCUCCUCCGAAGUUGAGGACCUGCCUAGAGGCUAGAGCAGGUGAAAUCAAAGAGAAAUUCCCUUCGGGCGUACAAUUUUCCAUUAUCAAAUUCCCCUAAUCACAUCUUCUCGAGAUUUCUGACUCAUCUUUUGAGUUUUCACGCCAUCUAGAAAAGGUUCCAUUUUCCUUUUUCCCAUCUCUUUAAGAAAUGAAUCCCCAUCUCCAAUUUGUCUUCUGGUAAGCAAAGAUCAGUCCUUUAGCCUAUUUUCUUUGAUGGGUAACUAUUCUUUUUGUUGAUUUCGAUUGAAUUGUGAGUUCCAAAGAUGGGAUGUUUCCCGGAUGAAGUUAUUAUACAGAUUCUUGCCAGAUUGCCUGUGAAGUCGCUUUAUAGAACAAAAACGGUGUGCAAACUUUGGUAUAGAUUGUCAUCUGACAGGUAUUUCAUUCAACUUUAUAAUGAGUUAUCUGUUAGAAACCCAAUGCUGCUAGUAGAUCUUUCUGAUUCCACUGAAUCGAAAUCGAGCUCGAUUUGUGUUGAUAACUUGAGGGGGGUCUAUGAAUUUUCAUUGGAUUUCUUGAAAGAUAGAGUCAAGGUGAGAGCUUCAUGUAAUGGUUUGCUGUGUUGUUCCAGCAUCCCUAAUAAGGGUGUGUAUUAUGUUUGCAAUCCUAUGACUAGAGAGUUUAGGUUACUUCCUAAGAGUAGAGAAAGGCCGGUGACUCGGUUUUAUCCUGAUGGUGAGGCAACUCUUGUUGGUUUGGCCUGCAAUUUAUCUACCCAUAAGUUUAAUGUUGUGUUAGCUGGUUAUCAUCGUACAUUUGGUCAUAGGUCAGAUGGUACCUUCAUUUGCUUGAUCUUUGAUUCAGAAUCAAGUAGAUGGAGGAAGUUUGUGUCUGUUCAGGAUGAUCACUUCACACAUAUGAAUAAGAAUCAAGCUGUGUUUGUCAAUGGUGCUCUUCAUUGGUUGACUCGUAGUUGUUCCUGCAUACUUGUGCUUGAUUUGGAUUUUGACGUUUGGAGGAAGAUUUCUCUGCCUGAUGAAGUGAGUUAUGGGUCUGGCAAUAGAGUUAAUUUGUUGGAAUCUGAUGGAUGUUUAUCUGUGAUUCAGAUUUCAGAUGCAUGGAUGAAAAUUUGGGUGAUGAAAGAUUAUGAGAGGGAACAAUGGUUUCUGGUCGAUAGAGUAAGUCUUAGAUGCAUUAGGGGACUAGUGCCUGGCAUUUUCCCAGUAAGUCAAAGUAGUGAAUAUGUCUUCUUGGCAACCCAUAAGCAAGUUUUGGUAUAUCAUAUAAAGAGUAGAGUGUGGAAGGAGAUGUAUUCUGUCAAGAACUGCCCUACCCUGCCAUUAUGGUUCCUGGCUCAUGCCUUCCGGAGCACAAUCUUUUCUUGCAAUUGAGGUGUGCUCUACAAUCUGCAUUUACAUAUAGUGAACUUCUGUACAUAUAUUUCUUGUCCAAAGCAAUGUCAUGUAUAUCUUUUUAUUAUUCUUCAAGGCUGUUUAUUUUAUGUAUCUGGUUAGCUUACUAGUUGUUGCAUUGGGAACCUCUUCUAGAAGUACCAUUGCAUUGUUUUCUCUUCAUUGUAAGUGCCUUCUGUUGCCUAGAAAGAGUUGAUUUUGAUAUCAAUGGUUCCUUUCUCCCUUCGUUAACCACUUGUUGAUAAUAUAUCUUGGCAAUCAUUUAUGAUGGUGUUUCAGAGAAGAAGAUUGUUGCUUGAUACAAAGGAUAAACUGAAAGAUGCAUCUGGCGUUGAUUGAUUUAUAUCUGCAGGACUUGCUAAUAAAAACUCUGGUCUGGUAGCAAGCAUACAAAGCAAUACCUUUCUCGGCCUUUUGACUAAGAUCAAGGUAGCAUAUGAGGCAUUAAUCCAGGAUAUGAAUCAUAUGAUGCACAGUCCUUAAACAAUUGCAAACAGAAGAUGAUCUUGUGUCAAGGAACAUACUAUUAGUUUUUUCAGAUGUUCAAAUUGAAAAUAAGGGGUUGAGGGUCUCUAUCUCUUUCACCCCCCUUCAAGAUUCUUACCUAAGCAAGGAGAAUGAGAGAUCUCUCCCUCUAUCUCCUCCCCUUUCCUUCAUUUCCCUCAAAACAAACAGAUUGUUAUUUCCUCUCCUCUCAUUCCUCCGCUUCAUUCGUGGUGAAGUGGUCUAUUUAUAGGCACAAGUUAUAUGUGAAUUGACCUUAAAUGCGCUAUACUUUUAAGGCAUUUGGGAACUGUACACAAAUAUUUCUUGAUUUGAGUUUAAAUAAAGAUAUUAACCCUAA